AUGAGUUCCCUGGCCAGUAAAAAGGCAUCGGUGCCUCACAAGUUACGUACAGCUGCAGAACCCCGGCAAAAUACCCUGUACAAUGUGCGAAUAUCACACAUCGAAGAGGUCAAUCCUACAGUACGCCUGCUUCACCUAGCCAUCCCUCCGCGGGUACAAGCUCUAGAGGAACAAAACCAGGAUGACGAAGAGCCCGACCAAUCUCAGCCAUUCACGUUUUCCCCCGGUCAAUGGCUAGAUGUCCACAUCCCGUCUAUUUCCGACGCCGGGGGCUUCAGCAUCACUUCAACACCAGCAGAUGCCGAAGCGCUCCCCUCUCUCCAGCCCACGACUGAGUCACUUGCCGUGGAAGACGAGGAAACAGGUCUUCCCCCCGUAGACCCAAGGGGUAGAGCGCCGUACGUGGAACUAGCGGUCCAAAAGGCCCUUUCCAAUCCCGCCAGCGCAUGGCUCUGGAAACCGAAAGAUGAAAUCCUUGGAAAGGAACUCUGCAUCCGAGUCGGAGGCAGCUUCGUAUGGCCACCUCCAUCAGGCAUAAAUUAUGAAAAGGUCAAGAACGUAGUCCUUAUCGCUGGGGGGGUCGGUAUAAACCCAUUAAUCUCCAUUCUCUCUCACCUGAAUAACAAUGCAGAUGAAACCCCAGCAUCACACCACCCCUUCAACAUCCACUUUCUCUACUCCACUAAACUCCCAUCGCAGGAAACUAUUGCAUCUUCCGAGUCCGUCUUAGAUCAAAUCCUCUUUCUUUCCCGUCUUCGUCAAAUCAUUCGCUCCCAGUCGCAGUCUCAUCGGCUGCGGAUAUCGCUGGGUCUCUUUGUUACUGGUCUACGAGAUUCUUCGUCUUCACCUCUACGUGAACAGCCUAGUGAUCUGACUAUCUAUGCACGAAGAAUUAACCAGGAUGACCUGCGCGCGGCACUCACUGGACCGAAUGGGGACAUUAAACCUGAGGAGACAGUCUGUUAUAUGUGUGGUCCGCCUGCGAUGACUGAUGAGUUUGUCCCUAGUCUUCGUGGGCUCAUGGGAGAUGGGGGCGAGCGUGUUUUCUUCGAGAAAUGGUGGUGA